AUGAGGAGCUUGAGAGUAUCCUUUCCCUUUUCUAUGGUAUGCAUUGUCCCCUUAUUCCUUAUUAUGCAGCUAAGCUUCGAAGCUCCAUCCAUUGAUGUUGCCAGUGCCACAACCGCUGGUGGGAAUGAGACGGAUCAUCUUGCUUUGCUAGAAUUCAAAGCAAAGAUUGUGCAUGACCCUCAAAAUGCCACUAGUUCAUGGAACGAUUCUGCCCAUUUCUGCAACUGGGAAGGAGUCACAUGUGGUCGGAAACACAAAAGAGUCACUAUCUUGGACCUUAAUUCUAAAGGCUUGGUGGGUACUUUGUCUCCUUACGUAGGAAACAUGAGUUUUCUUAGGGAGAUUACCCUCAACAACAACAGCUUACAAGGUGAAAUCCCUUCUGAACUAGGCCGUUUGUUCAGGUUGCAAGUUUUAUAUCUCAACAACAACUCUUUUGAAGGGAAAAUCCCGUCCAACUUGUCUGAAUGCUCCAACAUCAUGUUACUUGGGUUAGCUUACAACAAGCUGGUUGGAAAUAUCCCAGUGGAGCUUGCCACUCUGUCUAAGCUCAGAAAAAUUUUAAUUCAUUUUAAUUAUAUGAGCAAUGGCAUACCUCCAUUUCUGGGAAAUUUUAGCUUACUAGAAGUUUUGUCUGCCGGUGGCAAUUUCUUUGGUGGAAGUAUCCCAGAUUCCUUGGGCCAACUCAAGUACUUGUCAGCUAUUGCACUUGGCAGCAAUAAUCUCUCAGGUAUCAUCCCUCCAGCCAUUUAUAAUAUUUCCUCCAUCACCCUCUUGAGUGUGGCUAAUAAUUCGCUUCAUGGAAGUCUUCCACCAAAUAUAGGCCUCCUCCUGCCUCAUUUGCAGAAGUUGCAAAUGUGGGGAAACCACUUUACUGGAUCCAUUCCAGUGUCAUUAUCAAAUGCCUCAGAACUGUUAUACAUUGCUUUACUAGAUAAUAAUUUCACUGGAAAAUUAGAUGUUGAUUUUGGAGGACUGCAAAGACUUGGCGAAUUAAAUUUGCACGGUAAUCAUCUUGGAAGCAGGGGCGAUAACAGUUUGGAUUUUAUCAUUUCUUUGCUGAAUUGUAGCAAUUUGAAAGUGGUUGAGAUAGCUAGCAAUCAGUUUCAAGGAGUGUUGCCAAAUUUUGUGGCCAAUAAUAUAUCUACACCAAUUGAAUGGCUAGCAAUGGAGUUCAAUCAAAUAGGUGGACGCCUCCCUCCAUGGUUAUCAAUGCUUGUUAGCUUAUCGCAUCUGGAUAUAGCAUUUAACCAAAUUACAGGCACUAUUCCCAUGGAAAUAGGUAGCCUCUCAAGACUACAACGAUUAUAUCUUGACAGUAACAGAUUAACUGGACCAAUUCCUCCAUCCAUAGGAAACUUAUCUCUGAUAGAGCUUUAUUUGAGCAAAAACCAUUUACGAGGUGCCAUCCCUUCCAGCCUUGAUAAUAGCCGCACCUUAUUAUUUUUAAUGCUUUCUCAUAACAACCUUAAUGGGACCAUACCAAAACAACUUUUUGCUACCCAAUCCAUGCUAGUUUCCUUAGCACUAGAUCAGAACCAUUUAGUUGGAUCCCUCCCGUUAGAAAUUGGUAAUUCAUUCAAUUUGAAUCAAUUGGAUAUAUCCCAAAACUUGUUGUCAGGCAAAAUUCCAAUUGAUAUUGGCCGAUGCAAUAGCCUUUUGACCCUUUACAUGCACCAUAACAACUUUGAAGGUACCAUACCUCCAUCUUUUGCUUCUUUGAGAAGUCUUGAAAAAAUUGAUCUAUCUCACAACAAUUUCUCUGGUGAGAUUCCAAAAUAUCUAGAGAAAUUUAGAUUGGAAUAUAUCAAUUUGUCAUUCAAUAAUUUUGAAGGUGAGGUUCCCAUCAAAGGAGUUUUUGCAAACUUUAGUGCAAUAUCAAUUGUAGGAAACAAUAGGCUUUGUGGGGGUAUAUCAGAACUACAGUUGCCAAGAUGCCCUGUUGAAGGAUCAAAAAGAAGAAAAUUCCAUCUUGUCAAUCUAGUUGUGAUCAUCAUGUCAUGCAUCUUUGGCAUAAGCAUGCUGUCAACUGCCAUGUAUUGUUGGUUCAAGAAGAAGAAAAGAGGGCAUUCUCCUGCUUCGCUACAAAUGAAGUCAUUUCAGAAAAUUUCGUAUCAAAUAAUUCUCAAGGCAACAGAUGGAUUAUCUUCAACAAAAUUGAUUGGUGUGGGAAGCUUUGGAUCUGUCUAUCAAGGCUCUUUUGCAGAGGAUGGGGUAACCUUUGCAGUGAAAGUACUCAACCUUCAACAACGAGGUGCUUCAAAGAGUUUUAUGGCCGAGUGCAAAGCCUUGAGAAUUGUACGUCAUCGAAAUCUUGUCAAGAUAAUAACAUCUUGUUCAAGUAUUGAUUUCCAAGGAAAUGACUUCAAGGCACUUGUUUAUGAGUAUAUGCCAAAUGGAAAUCUAAACAAGUGGCUACAUCCAGAUCAUUUAGAAAUUGAUGAACAACCAAGUCUAAGCCUUCUGCAGAGGUUGAACAUUGCUAUAGAUGUUGGGAAUGCGCUGGAUUAUCUUCAUCACCAUUGUCCAAAGCCAAUCAUUCAUUGUGAUCUAAAGCCAAGCAAUAUUCUUCUUGAUAAUGAUAUGGUUGCUCAUGUUGGAGAUUUUGGACUUGCAAAGUUUCUCCCUCAACUCAUUAAUCCAACUCAGAGCAGCUCAAUUGGAGUUAGAGGAACAAUAGGCUACACAGCUCCAGAGUAUGGAUUAGGAAGCGAGGUAUCAACAAGUGGAGAUGUUUAUAGCUAUGGAAUCCUAUUAUUGGAAAUGGUGACAGGAAAAAAACCAACUGAUGAUAUUUUUGUGGAAGGUCUUAACCUUCACAACUUUGCGAAAAUGGCAUUGCCCAACCAAAUGUUGGAGACCAUAGACUCAAUUCUUUUACAAGAAGAUGGAGGAGUGAUUAACAGGGCUUCAAAGAGUUUUAUGGCCGAGUGUGAAACCUUGAAAAAUGUUCGUCAUCGAAAUCUUUUGAAGAUCAUAACUUCUUGUUCAAGUAUUGAUUUUCAAGGAAAUGAGUUUAAGGCACUUAUUUAUGAAUACAUGCCAAAUGGGAACCUAGAGAAGUGGUUGCAUCUAACUUCAAAAAUAGGUGUUAUGCCAAUUGAUGAUCAUUACAGUCUAAGCCUUCUCCAAAGAAUAGACAUUGCCAUCGAUGUUGCCAAUGCGCUAGAUUAUCUCCACCACCACUGCCAUAAACCGAUUGUUCAUUGUGAUCUAAAGCCAAGUAAUAUUCUUCUUGAUGAAGACAUGGUUGCUCGUGUUGGAGAUUUUGGACUAGCAAAGUUUCUCCAUCAACCACCUGAGGGUAGCUCACUGGGAGUGAGAGGAACAAUAGGCUAUACAGCUCCAGAAUAUGGUUUAGGAAGUGAGGUGUCAACUAGCGGAGAUGUCUAUAGUUUUGGGAUCCUAUUGCUGGAGAUGAUGACAAGAAAGAAGCCCACCAAUGACAAUUUUGGGGAAGGUCAUAACCUUCAUAACUUUUGCAAAAUGGCAUUUCCUGAUCAAGUGUUAGAGAUUUUAGAUCCAAUUCUUCUGCAAGAAGAUGAAGCUAGAGCAAAUAAUAAGCAAGGUUCAACCCAAUCAGCAAGAAUUGAUAACAGAAGUGAAUGUCUAAUUUCUAUGAUCAAGACUGGAAUAGCAUGCUCCAUGGAAGCUCCUCAAGAUAGAAUGGACAUAAGUGAUGCACUCAACAACUUACAUUCAAUCAGAAAGAAUUACAUUCAAACUACAACAUGUUGAUGCUCGUCAUUCAUUGAAGUGCCUCAAGUUCACAAGCUUUGCAAGUGGUCGAUAACAGCUUGCUUUAUGUUGUAACUCCAAAAGGUUGCAUUAUUUGUAGGCACGAUAUGCUCUUUCUUUUUUUCAAUAUUAUUAUUAUGGGUAUGGUAAGAAAUGUUGAAUAUACAUAAUUUGUAAUUAUGGUUUUUUCAUAAUCA